AUGGCUGAUGAAUUGGAACCAUUGUGUGUCCCAAUGGGUCUCUACGUGAAGCCAUCAGCCAGAAUGACGGUUACCUUAUGUCUGCCUCCGUUGAAACAACCUGGGCAAUCGAUUUCUAAUUGGGAUUUGAUGGAAAAAAUCAAGAAAGCUGUUAGUCCUAUUGAGCUUUCGUCGAUUCGCGUUAUGACAAGUACCAUAGAGUUGGUUCAAUUUGAGGCGGAGUUGCCUAGUCGCAGGAUUCUUGCUAAGGUCAUUAAAGCUUUGGAUGGUUAUACACUGAAGGUUAUGGGUUUCUUUGAACCACUAAAGGUCCGAGCAGCAGAAUCGAAGUCGGAUUUUCCCACUCGACAUGAUUGGGAUGAAUUCUUUCGAAAUUCAGAUAAUAUGAAUGAACUGGAGGCCGGUGAACGACCGGAUACUAUAUAUCUGGCUAAAAUGCCGUCGAAUUGGUUUAAGGAAUGUGGCUCAACUGAUGAUUCAAUGCCCAGUGAACGCGUUCUUCAAAAUGUGUUCGAACGUUUUGGAACAGUUCGCUGUGUUGAUAUUCCUGUUUGUGAUCCGUAUAGAAAAAAAAUGUCAGCUAAAAUAUCUGGUAUAUGCACCACAGGUUUCUCAUUCGGGCAGGAGGUAUUAUUUGAAGGAUAUGUACAAUUUGUAGAAUACAUAUCAUUUGUCAGAGCCAUGGAUUUCUUGCGUAAUAAGAAGUUAGUGAAGAAGAUGCCAGAUGACAGAAUUUUCGAAGCAACCAUCAAAGUCGAUUUUGAUAAAAAUAAACAUUUGUCAAACAAAAACAUACAUGAAAGAAAUGUCGAAAGAGAACGAUUGAAGGAAUUGGAAAAGCAAAAAAUUUCAGAAGAAUGUAGAAAACGUGAAAAAGGAGAAAAUGAUAAAGUCAACACCAGAAAAGAACAAAAGGACGAGAAACAAAGCCAAAAACGAAACCAAGAAAAGCGACUGAAGAAGGAGCGUAUAUUAAAUGAAAUGAUGGUGGAGGAGGAAAAAAAAUUGUUAAUUGCCCAGCGGAAAUUGGAAUCAAGGAGAUUGCUUUCGGCACUUUUUUGGAGAAUUGAAGCGAAAUUUCGAGAAAAAGAUUCUGAAUUGAAAGUGAAUUUGGGAGAUUUGGAAGAAGAUUUGCAGGCCGAACUGGAAACGAAACUGCGACAAGCUCUUCUUCGAGAACAGGAACAAAGAUUGCGAAAACGAAUUGAAGCUAAAAUGAUGCUCAGCAAAUUACAUGCCAUUAAGGGUGAAAAUCAAAAAGAUUAG